AUGGAGCCGUAUGGGAAUACAAGAAAUCUUAUAAACGGCCUUUCUUUGGGGGAUUUUGCAAUAGUAAUCGUUGAUUGCAGUUUGGAUUUCAAAUCCACCUAUACUACUAGAGAUUUCCUUGAACCAUGCUCCCUUGCCAGGGCAUUUGGCUUCAAAGAAUUGAUUUGCUGUUGGAAUAAGAUGGAUCUUCUUCGCUACUCUGAAGAACACUUCAAAAAACUACGAAACAAGGCUGUUAGAUAUUUCGGUGACCUUGGAUUCAAGGUUAUAAACAUCAGAUUUGUGCUUAUUUCUGCAUUACGAGGGGAAAGCAUAACUGGGAGGAGGACACCUUGUUUGAGCUCGUGGUCAACUAAGGUGGAGGCGAUUCGAUUGAACGGAAGAGAAGUCGCAAAAGUCACAAUAGGAGAACGGGUGGAGCUAGUGGUUAAAGCUUCUCGUCACCCGGUUAAAGAGGUGCUCGCUUUCACUGCUGAAAUCCUAGUCGUAGACCCCACCUCUAAUUUCACCGAAGGGGCAGAGCAAUAUAUAUGUACAGUUCACGAGCCUGAAUUCCGUGUUGUGUUGUCUUCAAUAGAAAAUUCGUUGAACCGCAAAACAGGAAGGGGGAACAGGCAUUCUUCGAACAUCUUAAAACCUGGCGACUUAGGGAUUGUUUAUUUUGCGGUUUUAGAGGAAGCUGUGAUUGAAAAAGGGUGCAACUACCCUUCAAUGGGGCGUGUGAUUACUGAUGUGGAGACUGAACUCGUGGAAUUAUGUCCUAAACCAGCUAAAACUGGUUCUUCUUCUUCUUCUGGGUCAGUUUCGUUUAGUCGUGCUUGUGUUAUCAUGGUAGAAGACGGGAAGGUGCAAAUCGAAAAGUUUGACGGGAAAAAGUUUGGUUGGUGGAAGAUGCAGAUUGAAGCAUUACUUUGUCAGAAAGACAUAGAUGUAGUGCUUGAGGAUAUGGGAUCUUAUUCUGGGCGAAGAUGUCAGAAGAAGAAAUUCAGCUGGAUCAUCGGGUGA